AAAUUUAAACCCCAGGAAUCAUCCUGACCUACUAUUCCCAAGAUGCUCCCCAAGCUCCUCACUUAUCUCGUCCUAGCCCUCGUCGCCGGUUCCGGCGCCGGCGCCGGCGCGGCCCGGCUCCACCGGACCCCGGCGAACUUGACCGCCUCCGCGAACCCCGUCUACAUCUGGCCGCUGCCGAAGAACUUCACCUCCGGGACGCGGACCCUGGCCGUUGACCCGGACCUCGCGCUCGACCCCCAGGGCCCCGGCGGCGCCGCCGCCGCGGUCGCCGAGGCGUUCGAGAGGUACAGGUCCCUCAUAUUCGCUCCAUGGGCCCACGCCGCCCGCCCCGCCUCGGCGAAAUACGACGUUGCGAAGCUCACCGUCGUUGUCGCCUCCGCCGAUGAGACGUUGGAGCUGGGAGUGGACGAGAGCUACACGAUCUAUGUCGCGGCGUCGGGCGGAGUCAAUUCGAUCGUCGGUGGAGCAACCAUAGAGGCUAAUACAAUAUAUGGAGCUAUUCGCGGAUUAGAGACAUUCAGCCAGUUAUGUGUUUUUAACUACGAUACAAAAAAUGUCGAAGUGCACAAUGCACCAUGGUACAUUCAAGAUGAACCACGCUUUGCUUUUCGCGGCUUGCUACUAGACACCUCAAGGCAUUACCUCCCAGUUGAUGUGAUUAAGCAAGUGAUUGACUCCAUGUCAUUUGCUAAGCUGAACGUUCUUCAUUGGCAUAUCAUCGACGAACAAUCUUUCCCAUUGGAGAUACCAUCGUAUCCAAAUCUAUGGAAGGGUUCAUAUUCAAAAUUGGAGCGCUACACUGUCGAAGAUGCACACUAUAUUGUCAGCUAUGCGAAGAAAAGAGGUAUUCAUGUUAUGGCGGAAAUUGACGUACCUGGUCAUGGAGAAUCAUGGGGAAAUGGAUAUCCGAAGCUUUGGCCUUCUAUUAGCUGUACAGAGCCAUUAGAUGUUUCUAGUAAUUUCACAUUCGAAGUAUUAUCUGGAAUUUUGUCCGAUAUGAGAAAAAUAUUUCCAUUUGGUCUGUUUCACUUGGGUGGAGAUGAAGUAAAUACAGGCUGCUGGAAUAUUACACCCCAUGUGAAGCAGUGGCUUGAUGAUCGCAAUAUGACUACAAAGGAUGCGUACAAAUUUUUUGUGUUGAAGGCUCAGGAGAUAGCAAUAAAUCUUAAUUGGAUUCCUGUAAAUUGGGAGGAAACCUUCAACUCAUUUGGAGAAAACCUCAACCCUCUGACUGUCGUGCAUAAUUGGUUGGGUCCUGGGGUCUGCCCUAAAGUUGUUGCAAAGGGUUUAAGAUGUAUAAUGAGUAACCAAGGUGCAUGGUACCUUGAUCAUCUGGAUGUUCCUUGGGAAGAUGUCUACACUACUGAGCCACUCGCUGGAAUAAAUGACACAGAGCAGCAAAAGCUGGUACUGGGUGGAGAGGUUUGCAUGUGGGGUGAGACAGCAGACACCUCCGAUGUUCAACAAACAAUAUGGCCACGAGCAGCUGCAGCAGCAGAGCGCAUGUGGAGUCCACUGGAGGCCAUAUCCGUCCAAGACCAAACAAUCGUCCUGGCUCGGCUACACUACUUCAGAUGCCUGCUGAAUCACCGUGGAAUCGCUGCAGCUCCAGUCACAAACUACUAUGCUCGUCGGCCUCCAAUCCAUCCUGGCUCAUGCUUCAUUCAGUAAACAGAUCAUCAUGCAGAGUGUAGAUACACAUGAAGGGAUUUGGCCUCCAUACACCUCCCAUACUCUCCACAAAAAUGGUAUAUCGUCACCUGUAUGUGUCUCGUUUCUGUAAGUUCACUUGCAUCGUGUUAUCCAACAUACAUGCGACAAUUAAAAGCCAUGAUGGUCCUUCCCUAUGUAUUCCACCCCGAAACUCUUGUAAAAGACAGUAAUCGAUGUAGCAAAUAUUUACACCCCUUUCAAUCAAUAGUCAUGUUCUUGAAUUUCCCUUCACAUGUAUCUGGAUCAAUAUUUGCAACUGGCCAAUUGGCCAAGCUCAGUUGAACUGGUAAAAGAGAUAUUUCAAUUGUC